UUCACCACAGUAUUUCUGGCAGGCAGGUCUAGGGACCUGGGGGAUAUUGGAACCCUCUCUUCGUUCAUUCGCACCCACUCUCCUCCCCACACACCCUCGUCGUAGCAGUACAGAGAGCCAAGAGUCAGACAGCUGUCGACUGACGGCUCGAGUCGCGCGCGCUACAUCACUGAUGCCGGGAAACCGUCAGCUCUCUCGCGCGCGGACGUACAGCGAGUAUGUGAAGUAGUGACCGCGAGAAUGGACCAAAGGAACUACUUCGCCGUUCUGCUGCUUGUUUUUCAUCUUCAACUCACAUUUGGAGAGUUCUUUCCAGGCAACUGUUCGUUUGAAGAGCACUACAGUAAUUGCGGCUACAGCGUGGCAUUGGGGACUAAUGGCUUCGCCUGGGAGCAAGUCAACACCUGGGAGAGACCCUCCAUGGACGCGGCCGUUCCCACAGGUUCCUUCAUGAUGGUGAAUGCUUCGGGUCGUGCAUCAGGGCAGAAGGCCCACCUCCUCCUGCCCACGCUAAAAGAGAACGACACCCAUUGCAUAGACUUCCACUACUCCUUGUCCAGCCGUGAUGGGACAAGUCCCGGAACCCUCAAUGUCUAUAUAAAAGUAGACGGUGGACCGCAGGGGAAUCCCAUCUGGAAUGCCUCAGCACCCGUCACGGAAGGCUGGGUUAAGGCUGAACUCGCCAUCAGCACCUUUUGGCCCAACUCCUAUCAGGUUAUUUUCGAGGCAGUAUCUGUACAAGGGCAUCCGGGGUUCAUCGCAGUGGAUGAGAUGCACGUUUUGGCCCACCCUUGCCGCAAGACACCACAUUUUCUGCGGCUGCAGAAUGUCGAGGUGAACGUGGGACAGAACGCCACCUUCCAGUGUAUUGCUGGAGGCAAAUGGUCACAACAUGACAAACUCUGGCUACAGCAAUGGAAUGGUAAAGACACAUCUCUCAUGGUAACCCGAGUGGUGAACCAUCGGCGCUUUUCCGCCACCGUUAGUGUAACGGACACCUCACAGCGCAGCACCAGCCGUUACCGCUGCGUCAUUCGUUCUGAUGGAGGAUCCGGCGUGUCCAACUACGCUGAACUCAGCGUCAAAGCGCCCCCCACACCAAUCGCUCCACCUGAGCUUCUCGCAGUUGGUGCCACCUACUUGUGGAUCAAACCAAAUGCCAACUCCAUCAUCGGCGACGGCCCCAUCAUCCUGAAAGAGGUGGAGUACCGCACCACCACUGGAAACUGGGCCGAGACGCACGUCGUGGAUGCACCAACCUACAAGCUCUGGCAUUUGGAUCCGGAUGUGGAGUAUGAGAUUAAGGUUCUUCUGACCCGACCUGGGGAGGGUGGCACUGGACCACCAGGACCACCCCUCAUCACUCGGACCAAGUGUGCUGAUCCAGUCAAUGGUCCCCAGAACGUGAACGUUGUGGACAUCCGUGCCCGUCAGCUGACCCUGCAGUGGGAGACCUUCGGAUACGCUGUGACACGCUGCCACAGCUUCAACCUGACCGUACAGUACCAGUAUGUGUUCAACCAGCAGGAGUUUGCUGCUGAGGAGCUGAUUCCCACCUCCUCUCAUUACACUCUGAGGGGACUCAGACCUUUCGUGACGGUCAGACUACGGCUGGUGCUGGCCAACCCUGAGGGCAGCAAGGAGAGCGAGGAGAUCGUCAAGCAGACGGAGGAAGAUGUUCCUGGCUCCAUUCCUAUGGAGUCCAUCCAGACUGGCCCAUACGAGGAGAAGAUCUUCAUGCAAUGGAAGGCUCCGAAUGAAACUAAUGGAGUCAUUACACUCUAUGAGAUCACCUAUAAAGCACUUGACUCCCUGGACCCCAGUGCAGAUUUGACAACACAACGUGGCCAUGUCUUCAAACUCCCAAAUGAGACCCAUCAUCUCUUCGUAGGAUUGUAUCCUGGCACCACGUACUACUUUACUCUGAAAGCCAGUACAAAUAAAGGCUUCGGCCCCCCUGUGACCAACCGUAUUGCCACCAAAAUCGCAGCUCCAUCCAUGCCUGAAUACGAGACCGACUCUCCUCUCAACGAGACCGACACAACAAUCACCGUCCUCCUAAAACCUGCCCAAUCACGAGGAGCCCCUGUCAGUGCUUAUCAAUUGGUGGUUCAAGAGCAACGGAAGCAGAAAGUUCGCCGAGCCACUGAUGUGUUGGAGUGUUUCUCCGUUCCUGUUAGUUUCAGAAACGCCUCCAUCUUGAAUUCACCUCACUAUUUCGCGGCCGAACUCCCCCCUGUGAGCCUUGCUGUAGUACAGCCCUUUACUAUAGGAGACAACAAGACUUAUAAUGGCUACUGGAACGCACCACUGUCACCAGCCAAAAGCUACAGCAUUUACUUUCAGGCCCUGAGCAAAGCCAAUGGGGAAACCAAAAUCAACUGUGUGCGACUGGCUACCAAAGUGGUAAUAGGUAGGGGACAAAAUACCACGCCCUACAUACUUGUCAUUCCCAGUGAAGGUGCAUCUACCCAGAAUUCCAAUGACAUAGAGCCCGAAAAACAGGUGGACAGCACUGUAAAGAUGGCAGGGGUCAUUGCGGGAAUCCUCAUGUUUGUCAUCAUUCUCCUGGGCGUUCUCCUCACCUUCAAACGCAGAGAAAUCCACACCUGGAGAACUCUAAGUGUGGGAAGAAAUGCGUAUUCCUACUCGUAUUACCUGAAACUAGCAAAAAAACAGAAGGAGACAGCCAGCAGCAGCACGCAGAGAGAGAUGGGACCUGUAGGUACAGCAGAUAAAAGCACAGGAAAAGUCAGCACGUUACACAAGGACGAUCCGUUCUCCACCAGCAACCAGGACCUCAACGGAUUCUCCUCCUCUUCUCCAUGCUCCUUCUCCAUCCAGGGUAAAGCCCUCCAGAGUAAAACCCUCCUCAACUCCUACUACUCAGUUUCUAAAGAGCCAGUCCCUGCCACAGCAUCCAUAGAUGGCAGCCACAGUGAGAUGUCCCAGCCUUCGAUGACCAUCCAGACGUACCCAUAUGGAGGCUGUGAGUCGGUGGAGAUGUCCUACCAGGCCGGACAAUUCCAACCGGCCAUCAGAGUGGCAGACUUGCUCCAGCACAUCACUCAGAUGAAGUGUGGGCAGGGUUACGGCUUUAAAGAGGAGUACGAGGGUCUGGCUGAGGGACAAACAGCACCAUGGGAAACUGCCAAGAAGGAUGAAAACCGCAACAAGAAUCGCUACGGCAACAUCAUCGCUUACGAUCACACUCGUGUCAGACUGCAACUGCUGGAGGGAGACCCCCACUCUGACUACAUAAAUGCCAACUACAUAGAUGGCUACCACAGACCAAGGCACUACAUAGCCACACAAGGCCCCAUGCAGGAAACAGUCAGGGAUUUCUGGAGGAUGAUUUGGCAAGAGAAUUCUGCCAGUAUCGUCAUGGUAACCAACCUGGUGGAAGUGGGCAGGGUGAAAUGCGUCCGGUAUUGGCCCGAUGAGACCGAGGUGUACGGAGACAUCAAAGUGACGCUGAUUGAAACGGAGCCUCUUGCAGAAUAUGUGAUCAGGACUUUUACUGUUCAGAAGAAGGGUCACCAUGAGAUUCGGGAAAUCCGGCAGUUCCAUUUCACCAGCUGGCCCGAUCACGGUGUUCCCUGCUACGCCACAGGCCUGCUGGGCUUCAUCCGCCAGGUCAAGUUCCUCAAUCCUCCAGACGCAGGACCCAUCGUGGUACACUGCAGUGCUGGUGCUGGAAGAACAGGCUGCUUCAUUGCAGUGGACAUUAUGUUGGACAUGGCCGAGAGUGAAGGUGUGGUGGACAUCUUCAACUGCAUCAGAGAGCUGCGCUCACAGAGAGUCAACAUGGUUCAGACAGAGGAGCAGUAUGUGUUUGUCCAUGAUGCAAUUCUGGAAGCGUGUUUGUGUGGGAACACGGCUAUCCCAGUGUGUGAAUUCAGAGCCAUUUACUACAACAUCAGCAGACUGGACCCUCAGACCAACUCCAGCCAGAUCAAAGAUGAGUUUCAGACUCUGAAUAUAGUGACACCGCGUGUCCGUCCAGAGGACUGCAGCGUAGGUCUGCUCCCGCGUAACCAUGAUAAGAACCGCAGCAUGGAUGUCCUCGCGGUGGACCGCUGCCUGCCUUUCCUCAUUUCUGUUGAUGGCGAGUCCAGCAAUUACAUCAAUGCAGCACUGAUGGAUAGCCACAAACAGCCGGCGGCGUUCAUCGUAACACAGCACCCUCUGCCCAACACCGUGGCCGACUUCUGGAGGCUAGUGUUCGACUACAACUGCUCCACUAUUGUGAUGCUGAAUGAAAUGGAUGCUGCACAGCUCUGCAUGCAGUACUGGCCAGAGAAAGGCUCCUGCUGCUACGGCCCCAUUCAGGUUGAAUUCAUCUCCGCUGACAUUGACGAGGACAUUAUCAAUCGCAUUUUUAGGAUCUGCAACAUGGCACGGCCUCAAGAUGGCUACCGACUGGUCCAGCAUUUCCAAUAUAUUGGUUGGCCGGCGUACAGAGACACGCCGCUGUCCAAGCGCUCCAUUCUGCAGCUGGUCAGACGACUGGCCAAGUGGCAGGAGCAGUAUGACGGAGGAGACGGACGCACGGUGGUCCACUGUCUGACUGGUGGAGGACGCAGCGGGACGUUUUGUGCCAUCUGUAGCAUCUGUGAGAUGAUCCAGCAGCAGAACAUCGUGGACGUGUUCCACACGGUAAAGACGCUGAGGAACAACAAAGCCAACAUGGUGGAGACAAUGGAGCAGUACAAAUUCUGUUAUGAGGUGGCUCUGGAGAGCUUGAAUGCCUUCUGAACGUUGGAAAGGUGACGAAGGGAGAAAAACAAGCAAAGCAAUCUUCUCUGCUUCCUCAGAAUGACAUCUCAUCUCAUUCCUCUGAGCUUCUGUGAUGAGAACAGGAAACUAAAGUUCAACCCUUCGCUGUAAAAUACUGUAUAAAUAAAACAAAACGUUAUUUGCCAUUUCUUUCUUCUUCUGUCAAUGUCCAGCAUAAGAGCGUGUAUCCUGGACCGUGAAGUGAUCUUGUACAGUCCUAUUCCUUUUUAGCUAUACGCCGUGAAUGUUACCUUUCAAUGUAAAGAACAACGUUGAAAAAACAAAUGCUUCUUUCUACAUGCCAGCUGGGAAUAACCAAAUAGACUUUCCCUGAGCUCUGUACAGAUUUAAAGAAAAUCAAAAAUAUCAAAACAAAGCUUAAGCGUAUUUGCAGAGAAAUGUGAGGAAGGAUAUUUUUGUUAAUCUGAUGAUUUUUGUGGUUCCUCCCUUUGGUACGUUUUCACUAUGCUUGCUUUCUCAUACACAUGCGCCGCACGCCUACAGACCAACGUAAAGAUAUUUCAAAGGUUGUACGUUUUGGGUAAUAUUUGUUCUAUUGCCGUUCUGUCUUUUCUUUUAGUGUUUGUUCUUUCUAAAAAUAGAUGUUGCCAUUUCGGUUUUGGUUUCUUGAUGUAGGCGGUGAAUGUUAAAGAUUAAAUAUAUAUCUAAAGUAUUUUCUGUUUGUUAUUUGCACUUUAUAUGUCUGUUACCUCCAAGGGUGAAUCUCACAAAUAAUUAUAUACUGUUGUAUAAUGAGAAAUUAUACUUAGCAUCAUGAGAAUGGAGGCUAUUUUCGGACCAGUAAUUGCUUAAUUGUUAAUUGUAACGCAAGAAAUUUUUUUUCAAGAAUAUGAUAGUAAUCACUUAAAAAGCUUUGUUUGCUUAAUUGAAAAUUACGGAGCCCCACACAUGGCAUGCAGAAAAAAAUAUUAGGCUAAAUUGUGUGCACGAUUUACUAUUUCGUUCCCUCAAUUUAUAAAUUGUGCGCAUGAUUUACUAAUUAGUUUCCUCGAUUUGCUAAAUCCUGAACACGAUUUAUAAAUCAAGAGAAUGAAUUAGUAAAGUGGGCACAUGAUUUAGCAAAUGAAGGGAACAAAUUAACUAAUCGAGGGAACAAAAUAGUAAUUGUGUGCACAUUUUAGUAUACUGAGGGAACAAAUUAGUAAAUUGUGCACACAAUGUAUUUAUUUUUUCUUGCAUGUCAUGUGUGUGGCUCCUUAGAAAAUAAAUAAAUAAAUACAUACAAAUUAAAUAUGUUUUGGGCAUUUCUUUGUGAGAUUCACCCCCAAAGUAUUGGUAUGUAUUUGUAAUCCUGUUUCAUCAUUUGAUUUGAAGUGCCAAUUUCUCACAUUAAAUAGAAGGACUACCACCAAACUACAGACAAAUUGCAUAUCAUGAACAAUGCCGCGACUCUUUUCUAAACCCCAGUUUGGAUGAGAACCUAUUCAAACUCCUCAAGCUUUCUGAAUCUGGGCUUCUGCAUUUUUCAGUGUAAUAAAAGCUAGUGAAUUUAAUUGUAAAUCCAAGAGUUUUGCACGAAAACUGUGAUAUGACUGUGAUAUCUGUUUCUGAGCUUCUGAACUGUAUUUUUUAGAAGAAUAUAUGAAUGUUUCACUGAAAACCAGCCAUCACACAAGGUUACGGCACUUACUCUUUUUUUAUUUUUAUUUUUUUGGGAACUGUUUUUUAAUUUUCAUGAAUUCACUGCCUGCUUUUAUGAUUUACUCCACUUAUUGUAUUUUUAAUUAUUUUCAAUGAUUAUUUAUCAUUUAUUUGUCUAGCAAAGUGGUAUAUAGAGCUGGUGAUUUCAUGACCAUGGUGGUUCUGUUGCUUGGAAUUGUGAUAACAUUAAUAAAGGGACCAAAAUGUUGAACAGCAA